AUGGCAUCUCAACCCUUUCAACCCCCUCCGCCACCGGAUUGGGUCGUUCGUUAUAACACCCCUAUGCCACGUCCGACUAAGGCGGCGGCCAGUAUUCCCGAUCCUCCAGGAUACUCUAAGGAGAAAGUCCUAGGCAAGGGCCGCGCCCAACAACAAGCGGCCGCCGCCGCCGCGAAGCCUGCCGAAACCGAUGUUCUGAAGCUAAAGAAAGCCUGGGAGAUUGCCCUUGCUCCCUCGAAGCAGAUCCCCAUGAACGCGAUCAUGAUGUACAUGUCCGGAAACAGUCUCCAGAUCUUCAGCAUCAUGAUGGUGUUCAUGCUCUUCAAGGGUCCCAUUCAGGGUCUGAUAAGCACCAAUACAGUUUUCGCCAAGUUUGAAUCGGAGGGAAUCCGCGGGAAGUUGCUCGGAGUGAAGGCUGUCUAUGUCCUGAUGCAAUUUGGGCUGCUGGGACUGGGAAUAUGGAAGGUUAACGCAAUGGGACUCUUGCCGACGACGAGAUCGGAUUGGCUUGCUUGGGAGUCGGAACGACAACCGCUGGAGCGGGCUUAUUUUGCAUUUGGUUAG